AUGCGCCUCGCCGAACUGCUCGUCGACCUCGCCGCUGUCGCGAGCGCGUCACGCGCCGUCGCCAGUAAGCAUGUUGCGCUGCGGUCAAGGCAGGUCGAGCGGUACAGCAGGGAGUCGAGUGUCGUGGGGAGUGUGUUGAGGGGGCGAGAGCAGGGGCGGCAGGGGGAGCGGGAGGAACCACAGCAACAGGAGCGGCAACCGCAAAGGAAGGAGACACAGCAACGAACGCAGACGCAAACUGUGGGAGUGGAGGGGCAGCAGGUGCGGUCGCAGGGGGGUGCUGAGAAGGGGGUGGAGGAUGUUCAAGGGGGAAGGGAGCCUGGGUUGCGGGUUGAUGAGACGCCUAUUGCGACGCCGGUUGCACCGCCGGCCGAGGGGCCGGGUAUGGGAGGGACGGAGCCGGUGCAGCAGGCGGGCGCGGUAAAAUCCGAGUUCAAGCCCGCCCCGUGGGCGGAGGGUGGGAUUGCGAUGCUGAAGCAGGGAUUUGUUCCUCCGAGGCGGCCUCCGCAAGCAUUAAGGACGCCAGUGGUGGGCAUCCCUGGAGCGAAUAUCUUCCGGGCGAAAGGGGAGUCACAGAUUUUGCAGGCGUUGAAAGAGAUGGAGGAGGAGGAGGGAGGAAAGGAGUCGUUGGCUACCUCGGGGGGUGAGAGCAGCGAACGACCUGCGAGAGACCCGGUUGGAGAAGCUGAGGUAUCAAAGGAUGGUGAAACAGAGGCGGAAGCGGUAGCUAUGCCCGAAACCCCGAAGUUGGAACCAGCCUCCUUAACUCCCGAGGUUGACGCAAAGAAGGUCACAACAAUCGAAGAGGUCUUGGAGGAGGAAAACGGAAAACCCCCUACGCCGCAACAACCUGAACCUGAAACCCAAGCUUCUCUCGAGAAUGAAAGAGGGGUAACAGCAGAAACAAUAGGUGCCGAUUCUCCUGUGCCAGAAGCCAAACCUGAGGCCUCAACUACUCCCAGUCGAGAAUUCCUUCAGGAGAAAUCACUGUCACAAGAAGACGCAAGCAUAGUGGCAGAGUUGGCGAGCUCAACACCUACCUCACCCGAAACCCCCCGCUACCAGCUUCGGGAAUCUGCCGUACCCUCCUCACGAAUCGGCCGGCUCUGGAAUUACGGCGGCCUCGCAGCUGGUAUGUUCGCCGGCGCCAUCGGGGAAGGCCUCAGCCGGGCGGUCGGCGGCGGCGGUUCAGGCUCGAUGAUGCUCAGCGCCGCCAACAUGGAGCGGCUCGUGGCUAAGCUCUCGCGGAUGCGCGGCGCUGCUCUCAAGCUCGGCCAAAUGAUGAGCUUCCAGGAUGCCAAGAUGCUCCCGGCCGCUAUGCAGGAGGUCCUGCAGCGUGUCCAAGACCGUGCCGACUACAUGCCGGGCUGGCAACGAGACCGCGUCCUAACGUCCAACCUCGGCGAGAACUGGCGUGACCUCUUCGACGAGUUUGAGGACAAACCCAUCGCAGCGGCCUCCAUCGGCCAAGUCCACCGUGCCACCCUCAAAUCCAACGGAGCCCGCGUCGCCGUCAAGAUCCAGUUCCCCGGUGUCGCCGACUCCAUCAAUUCCGACCUCGACAACAUCGCCGUCCUCCUAGCCGCCACCAAACUCCUCCCCAAAGGCCUCUACCUCAACAAGACCAUCGACAACGCCCGCACCGAGCUCGCCUGGGAAUGCGACUACACGCGCGAAGCCGAGUGCGCCGAGCACUACCGAAACCUCCUCACCACCGCCACCGCCACCUCCCCCUCGGAAGAAUCCGUCUUCUCCGUCCCCCGCGUCUACCGCGAGGCCAGCGGCAAACAGGUCCUCACGAUGGAAUUCAUGGACGGCACGGCUGUAACACGCAUCGGAUCCUUCACGCAAGCGCAGCGCGACCGAAUCGGCACGCAACUCCUGCGACUCUGCCUCCGCGAGAUCACCGAAUUCCGCUUCAUGCAGACGGACCCCAACUGGACCAACUUCCUGUACAACCCGGCCACCGACCGCCUCGAGCUCCUCGACUUCGGCGCCUCACGCGAAUACCCCGCCGAGUUCAUCACCCAAUACGUCCAGCUACUCGAAGCCGCAUCACGAGCCGACCGCGAAGGGGUGCGCGCGCUCAGCGAACGCCUCGGCUACCUGACGGGCCACGAGAGCCGGGUGAUGCUCGACGCGCACGUCACGUCGGUGGUGACGCUGGCGGAGCCGUUCCUGCGCUCGGCGCCUGAGGUCUAUGAUUUUCGUGAUCAGACCAUCACCGAGCGCGUCAAGGCCCAGAUCCCCGUCAUGGUGCAUGAGCGGCUGGCGCCGCCGCCCGAGGAGACGUAUAGUCUGCAUCGGAAGCUGAGUGAUUAA